AUGUCGGGCCCCUACGAUCAACAUCUCGCCUUCUCCCAAAACUACGACUAUAACAACCAAUACCACAGCCAGAGUUCCUACCCCAGCGAAGGCUUCUCUGGAUCAUAUCAACCUCAAGCAUAUCACCACCCUCAAAAUUACUACCCCGACACCCGCGGCUCUUCCUACGCCGACAACUCCCAUCAACAAGGCGGCUCCAACACAGCGUACUACAACAACAGCACCAACCCGCAAGGCCCUGAAGCAGAUCGCGGACUUCUUGGCGCCGCAGCCGGUGGCGCCGCAGGUGCCUUCGGUGGCCACAAGGUCGGUCAUGGUGUGUUGGGUGCCUUGGGCGGAGCCAUUCUCGGUUCCUUGACCGAAGACUACGCAAAGAAGCACAAGAAACACGGAAACAAGCCGGGCAAACAUAACAAACACGGUCACGGUUAUCGCGAUAAUGGCAGUGAUGCGAGCACCAACGGCCAGAACUUUGCCUCUGGUGGUCUCGGGUCCGUGGCAAGCAGCUUCUUCAACAAGAAAUAA